GAAUGAAGGACCAUAGAGAGCCGAGCCGAGAUGCAUAUAUGGAGUUACAUUAAUAUUUUUUUUAACUAAUUCCCAUUUAUUGUGUUGCCUCUUUCCUUUGAGUCGAUUCAAAAAUAGCUGAGAAAAUCCCUGAUUAGGGUUUUCUUCUUCGGGGGAUCAUCACAUCACAUCACAUCACAUCAGCUCCUGCGCCUCAUUUUUUGUAUUUGGGCCUCCUCCGCUUGAGUGCGGGUUUCGUGGUUUUAAUCGUUCCGUUUGGGGUUCUCGUUUUCGAUUGAUGUGCGCAGUAAUAUGAAAAAGAGGGGGCGGAAUGGGCGUGGCUAACAAGGCCUGGAGGUGUGGUGGGGGUGUGCUGGUAAAUAAUCUCGCUGCUGAGAUUCUCCAGCAGCAGAAGCUAAAGCAGAAGCACCAGCUAUCGCCGCGGCCACAGGAGCAGAAUUGCUGGAAUUGUUCGCCCUGGAGGCGGCGGACGGCGGUGCCCUGGACGGUGGUUUGUGGGCUGCUGCUCUUCACGGUCGGGCUUAUAUCGCUGUUCACGGGACACGUGGCGUCUGAUCUCGAGUGGUCGCAGCGCCUCGUCAAGCGGACUUGGUACUACAAGAAGAAUAGUGGAUAUCGGGUUCCAGUUGAUAUAUGGAAAUCACAGUAUUCAAGCUUUUAUUAUGGCUGCAGUGAAAGACGCCGCCAUUUUGCACCUGCUGUACGCGAACGUUUUUCAAAUGGCUACUUACUUAUUGCAACUAGUGGGGGGCUAAACCAACAAAGGACAGGGAUAACUGAUGCUGUAGUUGUUGCAAGGAUUCUAAAUGCUACUUUGGUUGUGCCGGAGUUGGAUCAUCAUUCUUACUGGAAGGAUGACAGUGAUUUCAACAACAUCUUUGAUGUUGAUUGGUUCAUCUCUUAUCUUGCCAAGGAUGUUCCAAUCAUAAAGAGAGUACCGGAAAAAGCAAUGAGGUCCAUGGACAGACCGCCUUAUACGAUGCGUGUACCACGAAAAUCCGAACCUGACUAUUAUCUGGAACAAGUGCUUCCUAUUCUACUGAGGAGACGGGUUCUUCAGUUAACAAAGUUCGAUUAUCGGCUAGCCAAUGAACUUGAUGAAGACCUGCAAAAGUUGCGUUGCCGUGUCAACUAUCAUGCUUUAAGGUUUACCAAACCUCUAAGGAAUCUAGGCCAGAAAAUUGUAAAUCGCAUGCAGAAAAUGGCAAAGCGUUUUAUAGCUGUUCACUUGAGGUUUGAACCGGAUAUGCUUGCAUUUUCUGGGUGUUACUAUGGUGGGGGCGAUAAAGAGAGGCGUGAGCUGGGGGAGAUAAGAAAGCGGUGGGAGACGUUACCAGAUUUAAGCCCGGAUGAAGAGCGAAGUCGAGGGAAAUGCCCCUUGACCCCUCACGAAGUAGGUUUACUGCUGCGUGCCCUCGACUUUGACAAUAACACGUAUAUUUACGUUGCAUCUGGUGAAAUAUAUGGAGGAGAUGAAACUUUGAGGCCCCUCAAAGAGCUCUUUCCAAACUUCUACACAAAAGAGAUGCUGGCUGGCAACGAGCUGAAACCUCUUCUUCCCUAUUCUUCUCGUUUGGCUGCCAUAGACUAUAUUGUCUGCGAUGAAAGUGAUGUUUUUGUUACCAAUAACAACGGAAAUAUGGCGAAGAUUCUGGCUGGGAGAAGGAGAUACAUGGAUCACAAGAGGACAAUAAGACCCAACGCGAAAAGGCUUAGUGCUUUGUUCUCGUCACGUGAUAAAAUGGAGUGGAGCACGUUUUCAAGAAAGGUGAAAUCAGCCCAGAGAGGAUUCAUGGGAGAGCCGGAAGAGAUGAGGCCUGGAAGAGGGGAGUUUCAUGAGUACCCGUCGGCAUGCAUCUGCCAGAAACCAUCCAAACUUUUGGCCAUAAACAGGAAUAGAUUUCAGAAUGUUUCUCAGGAGGAGUCAACAGAUGAGUAUGUUGUUGGUAAAGAGCAGAGUAAAAGGAGUUUCCGGAAACCCGAAAAGAGCCAGCGUAACAGUGGAAAUAACGACACUUCUGCUGGAGACGAGACUGAUCAUGAAGAAGAUUUUUUGUCUGAUUAGAUGACAAGCAACUCGGAGGUUACACUGUCCUAAUCCUUACUUCAAUCAUCCUUAUAUCUAUCACAUCAUUCUCUAUAUUAGCCUCGUUUGUGUUAGCCCUGCUGCUUUAUAUUAUUCCCUUGCUCUGCCCACAAAAGGGAACCAAACACAACACAGAAGUCUACACUUAAAUGCCUGUAUAGCUCGCCUGUGGCUUUCACCUUUUAAUUGUUCAUAUAGAUACAUAUAUAUAUAUAUAUAUAUAAGCUCCAUAAGUGGGGUGGGUGGUUCAGUGCCUAGGCCUCUGCUGCCAUGCUACUGUUAUGUUUCUUGAAGUGGUAUUUUGUCUACUGUUUUUGUAAUGGAAUUCAGUUUGUGUUA